ACCUGAAGGGGCCAUCGUUCACCGCUGUGUGGAUGCAGAUUUGAGACUCCGGAGGAUGAGGAGCGGCGGGGACGCUGCUGCCUCAGCUCCGCCGUGAACAGACACAUCCCCGCUGUCAGUGUGAGGAAACAGCCGCAGCCAUGGCCUCUGACAACUGUCUGUUUGUGUGGUCUGAUCAGUGUGUCAUUGUGUGUCCCCUCUCCCUCUCCCUCCUCCUGCCAGUCACCCCAGAGGCCAUUGGUUUCCUGUCCGCGGUGGGGGUCUUCAUCGUGGCGUUGGCCGUCCUCUUCCUCUUCAUCAACAAGAAGCUGUGUUUCUCGCGUGUUGGUGGACUGCCCUGUUUGGAGCAACAUGCCCGCCGGAAGAAAGGACGUGUGGGAAUCCGCCAGGGGCUCGUGAACAGUUACGGCGACGAUGAAGAUGAAGUCAGCUCCUCUGACAGUGAAGACGAGGUCCUGAAGCAGUUUGAGAUAUCUGUCUCGCGCUCGCAGAGUUUCCGUGCGGCAGCCACACAAAGCAGCGAGCAGCAGCAGACCCAUCAGACGCAGCUCACUGUGGGUCGGCGACACAAGUUCACCCGCCUGUCGGACCAGGAGGAGGGCAGCACUGAGCCGUCAGACUGUGAAGAGAUGGAGACUCAGAACCGACAAAGUUUCAAGGACCCGCUGACGGCAGCGGCAGAGGAGAGAGAGAGGGCGUCCUCGCUGGUUCUGGAAAAACCUGCAAGUCUGGAGGUGUUGGACGUGAGGGCCAGCCCCACCCCCAGUAUGAGGCGGCAGGCAGCGGACGGCAGCGAAGAGACGGAAAAAGCACUUGAAAAUGAGAAGAAUGAUGCCACGGACAGCUCCUCCACCUGGAGCCCAGAGCAAGAGCAUCCUCAUCCUCCCCUCGAUGAGGUCUCGUCUCAGCCAGCCAGCUCCUCCCCUCGACCUCCCAUCUCUAAAUGUGGAGACCUGGUCCUCUCUCUGGAGUACCGCCCCGACACGGAGAAGCUGCUGGUCACUGUGCUCGCUGCCCGGGACAUCCCCGACAAGGCUCGCAGUGGUAUGGACUCCUGGCAGGUGCACAUGGUCCUGCUUCCCUCCAAAAAACAACGGCACAAGACGUCUGUUCAGAGAGGUUCACUGCCUCACUUCAACGAGACGUAUCGCUUCUCCCGCGUGGAUCCCUCUGACCUGCACAUGUUGGCCAUCAGGUUCAGGCUGUAUGCGCUUGGAGGCAGGAUGUCCCGGGAGAGGAUGAUGGGUGAGAAGGUGCUGCGUUUAGGCGGGCUCGACCCAGAUGGAGGAACGAUGGAGACGACGCUUGUUUUGGAGCCUCGCAGUAACCUCAAGAGCGUUGACUCCCAGCUGAGCCUGUCUGCUGUGUCUCAGAGUGACAGCGCUUCGUCCACUCAGUCUCUGACCCAUGGUGGCGUUCCUGAGCUGCUGGUGGGCCUCUCCUACAACGCCACCACGGGGCGCAUGUCUGUAGAGCUCAUCAAGGGCAGCCACUUCAGAAACCUGGCCAUCAACAGACCACCAGACACCUAUGGGCGUUUGACUCUGUUGAACUCAGUCGGUCAGGAGAUCUCUCGCUGUAAGACAUCUGUGCGACGCGGCCAGCCCAACCCCGUUUACAAGGAGACGUUCGUCUUCCAGGUGGCACUGUUUCAGCUGUCGGAUGUCACCCUGCUGGUCUCCAUCUACAACCGGCGCAGCAUGAAGCGCAAAGAGAUGGUGGGCUGGAUCGCUCUGGGUAUGAACAGCAGCGGAGAAGAGGAGCAGCUCCACUGGCAGGACAUGAAGGAUGGUCGAGGACAGCAGGUCUGCCGCUGGCAUGUCCUGCUGGAGGCGUAACAAUUGCAAGUUCUAGGUUUUUUCUUUUCAGGUGAAUGGAAGUUUAUUUAGUGCAGGAGAAUGAAGAGCCUUGAUUUGAUCUUUGCACAGGAUGAUAUGUGUGAUUUUAAAGUCGAUGGAUUCAAGGACUUAGCUUUUUCUCCACUAUUAUCCCGUUUGUCUAAAGCUGCACCAACGUUAAGCCUGGCUGAUAUUUUUCUGAACAUGGGGACAAAAUCCAUCUGCUUUUGGAGGCCACAACUUAUAGUGAAAUAUUUUUGUUGAUGAAUCAGGAAGUAAAUUAAUGAAAAGGAGAAAGAAAGGCUUCAGUAAGGUUACAUGAAAUGAUUUCAAUGAAUUUGGAUUCACUCAUGUGGCUGAUUCAAGUCCACUACUGUGGCAGAUAAAGAUGAAGUAUUUCAUUGGCAUGUAAAACCUUUCAAAUCUGAAGGUUUCAUGGAGAAACUCACUUCUCCUCUUCAAUGAACAGCUUUGUAGAAUGUCCUUCGGCCUCCACAAGGAGCUGAGAAUCUGUCCUUCACUGUAAGCUCUUAUCUGUAAAGCAGCUCUCUGUGAGACCAUGCAGCUGCAGUUCUGAUUGAAAUGCUGUGUUAGAGAAUACACACCAAUUACAGGUGUGGUUCUGUGUUCUGUUAUUUCUUAAUCUUGCUCUUAUUUUACUUAUGGUCGAAUCAAUUGAGGUGCAAACAAACCACACAGAAAGACAUAUAAUGACACAAUAUUCAUCAUUAGUUCCUCAUAGAAACACUUGCAGGUUUGUCUGUAACUGAACACGAGAUCUUUACUACACCUCAUGCUCCUCCUCUUGCAACAAGUAACCACACUCCAACUUUUUUAAAGCUACAGUCCCCCUUAUAUGACAGUUACUUUGUAGUCAUGUAUCCUCUGAUAAUGUUAUCGGACACUUAGGAAGACAAUCUGAGUCUGUAAGAGACAAAAACAAGCUUCCUCACCGGACGUAAAGCUCACGUGAUGAGCUUGAAGUUUGUGUCAAUUUUUGGCGCCCCCUGUGGACAAACCUCGUCUGACCACUCAAAGCACUUUGACACUACUCAUCACAUUCACCUAUUCACACCACAGCCACACUGAUGCUAGAGGAUGCUGUAGUAAGGGACCAUCAGUAUUAAACUAAUCCCAUUUACACGCACUCUCACUGUUGACUGUGUCACUGGGUUCAGGGUACUUUGGCAUGUGGCAGCAGGAGCUUGGAUCAAACCACCAGCCUUCCAAUUAAGAUACAACCCACUUUACCACUGAGCCACAGCUGUCCCUUAUGUGUGCAAGUAGUGUUUGUAAAAAACAAAAUUCCCUUAUGCUUUCUUUAACAGUCAAAAUGUAAAAAUGUAUAAAUACAGUUGAAUCAGCAGCGUGCUGAUCAUCACUUACUCUGACACCUAAUCCGCGGCAGCAGUUUCUGGCAUUAGAAUAACCCUACAGAACCAUACCACCUCUAUCCUAAUGGUAUGGUUUGCUUUUGUAGAUCAUAAGGAGGCAUGGGUAUUAAUUCCUACUGUUUCAUAACCAGCUAAAAAAAUCCUCACAGGAGCUUUAACUUUUUGACUUACACACCUAAACACAUGAAAGUAGGAUAAAAUACAGGAAGUACCCUUUAAGUUUCAAUGCGUUAAAAGUCAACAUAUCUACUAGCAUGUGUCAAAAAACAAACUAAUGCUAGACGAGGGACAAGUUUCCACUUGACGUUACCAGGUUGGGCUGCAUGUGAUAACACAAUCUGCCACACCUCUUGUACAAACAGAAACACAAAAAAUCGCAAUUAAGAUGAGUCAAUUUGACAUUUUCUACUCUUUUCUUCCAAAGGUUUUGUAGCGAUAUUGACCCAAAACGGUGACAAUUACUGUGGACUCCUCCUGAACCUGUUACUAAAGCAUCCCCCUUUACCUAAACCGAGGCAGACGCUUUUAACAUUGAUUAUCUCCCAAUCUGUGGGACAUGUGUGAAAGUUAAAUUCCAGAAAACGUCAGGGCCUGAUGUCUGAAAGCAACAAACAUGAGGUAAUGGAUGAGGUAAUGUUACCACUGAGGGAUCAUGUGAGCAUACGACACUGAGUACAGAAACAAACACGAGAGUAGAAGUGAAGAUCUCUUAUGAUUCAAGGGGAGUAGGAAGGUGCCUCAUUCAUAUUCAACACUCAUUCAUAUUCUUCUGACACAUGUGCUACUACAGGCAGGAAAACAGGCAGCUGGAGACUCUUAACCCCGUUGGGAUGAGAGCUCCCCCCCCCUCCCUUCAGCCUCUUUGACACUGAAUGAUGUUAUUUGGCCCCAGCUCCAUCUCCUUCACAGGGCAAAGCUCAUUUCAACACCCAUCAACGCUGAGCUGAAAAGAGGCUUUAAAUAUCUCGCUGCAGCUGUUAAUAACAUGCAAUGAAUUACCCUGGAAGUGUGUGUUUUUUUUUCUCCGCUCUCUCUCUGCGGUUAAUUGGUAGUUACAGCUGCAGAUACAGUGUGAUGACGGUAAUGCUGCUGCUAAUGCUCAUCCUCUUCCAGUCGGAGCAUCAUUGAGUCACAAGGCUGCAGUUCAGUCCGGAGGGGGGAUUAUAUUUGUUUGUGUCGACAGAUACUGUAGCUCCAAACCCCUCAGGGGUUUACACACGAGAGCAGAGAUGUGUUUAUUUGAGCGUCUGUUUGUCUUUGGUUGGUUCUCUGCAGGCAGGUGACGACUAAGCCUCUUUAGAAAUGUUGAAUUGCAGCGCGGCUUGAAGAAAGAAAUCGGAGGAAAUGGCAAGAAAAUGAGUCAGAAAUGAAGGUUUAUGGGUACAAUGAGAUGUAAUUACUUUUGGAGAGUCAUGCAUAACAAAUGAACUGGAGGCUGAUGCUCAAAUCCAAAUUACAUAUUUGAAUUAAAGGGUCAGUUCACCCAAAUCACAAAUUACCCUUUGAUACACAUCCCCAGGGGUACUGAGCAGUCCAGAUUUUUGUAUCUCUACCUUUAAUACAUGAAUAACAUUUCAGUUUUGCUCCUUAAGGCACAUAGAUGAAAUCUUAAUUUACAUAAUCCUCAGAUGUCGCUGUUGACAGUUUUUUAGUUUGACCCCCUUUCUUAGGAAUAUCAAAUAUGGAUCUGACUUUAUGGGGUUUAUAGAGGUUUAUUUUGGAAGCCAUGGUUUGAGGAAGAUCAUUGUUGAUAUUUGGUUGGACACAGCAUGGUAACAGCAGCCCCAGUGUCAAAUGUAGCCUUUUUUUUCCCUCCCUUGGGUCCACCUGAAUAGGCAUUGUUAUUGUUAUUUGUGUCAAAUUAACAAUGCCUCACCUGGUCCUAGUCUUUCUUUACAGUGACAACAGUCAUUUUUCAGAUGUUGCAUGAUAGGAAAACCUAGGGCAGUGCUGUACACCAGAUUUUCUCACCAGAGGCAUGAAUCCUGAUGCCUCUAUAGGAGCUACAAAAGCAAACCAGAACAUUAGAAUAAAGACUGACUGCUGCUAUGAAGUUGUUUGUCAUGUCUGAAAUUGCCGGGGGUUAGGUGCCAGCUGUAGUUAUUGACUGAAUGCUGCCAAAAACACCCUUUUUCACAUUUUCUGUGCCAUUUCCACCAAGUCAAAAAUAGUAAUAAAACGUAGUCAUGUGCAGGACAAAAUUAGCAAAGAGAAAACCAGUCCCACUUUGUCCACAGGGGGCGCCAAAAUCAACAAAACCACAAGUUACUAACAGGAGCUUGAAGUAGAAAAUAUUGAAAACAGAGUAGAAAACAAUUUUCCCUCCAAUUUUGAGAUAUUAUCAUAGAUAUUUUAAGUUGUGUUCACAGUAAAGGGGCAAUGUUUGUAUCUGCUCAGUUGCAUCAAAUGGAAAUGUUCUCUUUUUGCGUUUUAAGUUAAUUUUCCUACAUUUUCUCAGACAUAUUUUGCAUCUUUGGAAAAGUCAGGAGCUCAUGGAUUUCAUCAAGUACAAGUUUAUAGAAGUUGAAAAAAGUUACUUUGUCAUAUAAUUCCAUUUGUUGUCCAAGGAACGAGAAAUAAUAAUACAGAUUAAGAUUGCAAAUAAUACAAAGAUGCUAAACACAAAACAUUUUAAUAUCCAACACACCUGGCUCAAUAUGGUUAGUUUUUACCACUUACCCACCACAGUCACCACAUUAUACAUAACAAAUUCCAUCUCUUCACUUUGAACCAAGUUUAACAAACUGAAGGUCACACACAAAUGAUCAUGUUCGAGUGCUUUUAAAGAACGCACAGUUGAUCCACCACGUCAGAGCCACUGUUCCUGUGAGAGCACAAUGAUUUAUUACGUCGUGGAAUGAUUCAGGGAAGCUUUCAGCAGUGAAGACAAGGUCUUUAAUUCAGAGAUAAAUAAUAUGUUGAAGGGCACAAUUUAAUGGAUUCAUUUCUAUAUAUUUUAAGAGGAAAUGUGCUGUAAAUGCUGGAUGUUUUGUUAACUGUGCAGAUAUGUAAAGAUGACUACUUCAGGUAAAAAUGGAGCAUAUGGUGAAGAAUAGGAGUGCUGCAACUGGCUUGAAGUUAAAUACGAUUUCCUCUCAAGGUUUUAGAUUU